AUGUAUAGGAGCCACUUGUCUUUGUACCUUACCCGCACAUGCCAACGCAUCGAUGGCUUCGGCUUUAGCCUCGCCUGCCAGCGAGCAAACCUCAUCACCAACCUCUCCGAUAAGACUAAGCAGCGCGAGCUGCUGGAUCUGUUGUUCAACCGGACAACAGGGGCAGGCUUCCCCAUCCUGCGGAAUGGAAUCGGCUCUACGCCGAACUCGAACUCGGAUUAUAUGAACACUAUUGCUCCGGAUAACCCCGGAGGACCUAACGCUCAGCCGCAGCCUAUGCCAACUGCCUCGCGCCUCGCGGCAUAUAUCAAGCUCUACAUGCAGGAGGGCAUGAAUAUCACACAUCUCGGCUUCCUUAACGAACCAGACUACAGCGCCAACUACGCAAGAAUGCAAGCCAACGGCCAGCAGGCCGUCGACUUCUUCAAAAUCCCGCACACAACAUUCGAGCGCGAGGGUUUAACCUCCCAGGUCGGGAUCACCUGCUGCAACUCGAUGGGCCGGCAAAACCAGGUCAACAUGCACAACGCGAUCCGAUCCGGCGGCGCAGAACAAUACCUCCGCGCGGUAACCUCCCACCUCUACACCGACUCUCCCUUUGCCCCAAUGACCGCCAACCCGCCCGUCUGGCUCUCCGGACAAUGCGACCUCCAAGGAACCUGA